GCCGUCUCGUCUGACCGUACGUCUUUGGUGAUGAAGCAUCGAUCCGGGAGAAGGUUCAGCAUUAGCUCUAGCUAGAGCUAGAUAGCCGGAGGAGGAGCUAGUAGGAAGAGGCAUGGAUAAUCAUCAACUUGUCGCCAUGGCAGCGGUGGCUCAGCCGGCGAGCCCGACCUCGCCGCACGUCGCGCACAAGAUCCCGCCCGGCGACGGGCCUUACGCGAGGGCCAAGCACUUCCAGCUGGUGGAGAAGGACCUGGACGCGUCGAUCGCGUGGUUCUGGAAGGCGAUCAGCGCGGGCGACAAGUUGGACAGCGCGCUCAAGGACAUGGCGGUGGUGAUGAAGCAGCGCGGGUACCUGGCGGAGGCCAUCGACGCCAUCAGGUCGCUGCGGCACCUGUGCCCGAAGCAGUCCCAGGAGCCGCUGGACAACAUCCUCCUGGACCUCUACAAGGCCAGCGGGCGGACCAAGGAGGAGAUCGAGCUGCUCAAGCAGAAGCUCCGCAAGAUCUACCUCGGCGAGGCGUUCCAUGGCAGGACCACCAAGCGCGCCCGCUCGCACGGCCGCAAGAUCCACGUCUCCGUCAAGCAAGAGACAUCGCGCGUCCUGGGCAACCUCGCGUGGGCGUACAUGCAGCAGCGCAACUUCAUGGCGGCGGAGGUGGUGUACCGGAAGGCGCAGAUGAUCGACCCGGACGCCAACAAGGCGUGCAACCUCGCCCUCUGCCUCAUCGAGCAGGCCCGGCUCGCCGACGCCGAGCUCGUCCUCGCCGACGUGCUCGCCGGGAGGUACCUGCAGGCCCGCGACCAGCAGGACGGCAAGAUCGUCCGGAAAGUGGAGGAGCUGCUGGCCCGGAUCAUGGCGCAUACGACGUGGCCGGGCGGUGGCGGCGGUGACGGACGACGACGCCCGGCGGAUAAGAGCGGGAGCGGGAGCGAGAGCGACGACGAUGACUGGGUCGAGAACCAGAUGCUGGCUUUGCUCGACGUGGCGGUGCCGUACCGGAAGAAGAGCAGGAGGCUGCCGGUCUUUGAGGAGAUCUCGCGAGCAGAAUAGCAGAUGGCUGAUAUAGAUUAGCAGCAGCAUCAUCAUCUUUCGAUCGAGCUCCAUGCAUAUAUCGUUUGAGCGAGCGCGGAUCCUCUGGACCUAACUGCAGUCUGCAGAUAGGUAGGUAGGUAGGUCUGAGCUGAUCCAGACCCACAUGUCAGUGACCGGACGCAGAGGAUCUGCUUCCAUUAUUAUUUGAUCGACUCCUGUCCAGCUCAACCUUUUGGACCAACUCCGUGGCGAUAGCAGUAGCAGCAGCAGAAAGGUAAAGCGCGCGUGUGUGUGUGUGCCCCUGUGAAUCUGUGGAUCGGAGACAGUGUGCAGUAGCAUAGCAUCAGCAGCAAGGUAUUUAAAGCGUGCAAGUGUGUGUAUAACUGUAUAUACGCUUCUUAUAUGCAUCUGUGGAUAUUUUGC